AUGGAAGGCCUAAUUCCAUUGGUAUUCAAAAGCAUCAAGAAAAAUCGAAUAAGAAGGCAAUACAAAUGUCUCUCUUCUGGUGCAACUGAGAGAACAAAGUACAAUAUUGCUGAUUUUUAUACAAACGAUUAUACAUAUUACAGCAAAGAGUACGAGUAUGGUGGCUUGUCAGACCCCGAAAAGAUUUCGGAUUUUCCUGCGGAGGGUGGCGGAAGGCACCACCACCGGCGCAACCACUCCGUUCAUGUUGAUUUGUCUGCUGCCUCGGAGGAUUCUGUUAAGUCCAAGCAACUUGUGAGGUUCAGGAGCCUCAGAAUGUUCUCAUGUGUGACUGGUGCAUGA